AAAUGGCUUUAAUUUGGAUGGCAACCAUCACAUUUCUCUUCCUCCUUCAUCAAUGGCGGAACCUCUCAAACAAGAAGAAGCUUCCUCUCCCUCCCGGCCCGAAAGGCCUUCCAAUCAUCGGCCAUUUCCACUUACUAGGCAAGAAUCCUCACCAAGAUCUAUACCAUUUAGCCCGCAAACAUGGCCCAAUCAUGUAUACCCGCUUCGGGUUCUCUCCAACCAUCUUCGUCUCCUCUCCUUCCGCAGCGAAGCUCUUUCUACAAACCUACGACCACAUCUUCGCGAACCGGGCCCACCACGAGUUCUCCUACCUCGUCCACUAUGAGCAGCGGAACAUUAUCUCCGGGCGAUACGGGCCGUACUGGCGAAACAUGCGCAAGCUCUGCACAGUCCAGCUCCUGAGCGGCAUCAAAAUCCGGCAGUUUGAGCCCAUGAGGAAGGCGGAGAUUGGGAGCAUGGUGGAUUCGCUUAGGGAGGCAGCUGCAUCGCGUGAAGAGGUUGAUCUGAGCGCUAUUAUCAUGUCUGUCAAUGGUGGCAUGACAUGCCUGAUGGUUUUCGGGAGGAAGUUUGAGGAGACGGAUUUGGACGACAGAGGGUUUAAGUGGCUGAUGUCGGAAGCGAUGGCCGAGGCGGCGGCUUUCAAUCUCUGUGAAUAUUACCCGUAUCUGAGGUGGCUGGAUCCUCAGGGGUCGGUGCGGCGGAUGAAGAAGCUGAGCAUGAUUUUUGACAGGUUUCUUGAGAAGAUUAUCGACGAACAUGCUGAGAAGAAAGAGAGGAGUCAUGAUUUCGUCGAUACGCUCAUGGCCAUUCAUGACUCGGGCGAGGCUGGAUUCGAGUUUGACCGUCGCCAUGUCAAGGCUGUGCUACUGGAUAUGCUGCUAGCUGGGAUGGACACUUCGGCAGGAGCGAUGGAAUGGGCCAUGGCUGAACUAAUUAAGCAUCCAAAAGCAAUGAAAAAACUUAAGAAGGAACUAGAAGAAGUUGUAGGGCUAAAUCAAAGAGUGGAUGAAUCCCAUCUCCCCAGCCUCAAAUACCUUGAUUGUGUCAUUAAGGAAUCUAUGAGGUUACACCCAAUUGCCCCCCUCCUUCCCCACGAGGCCAUGGAGGACUGUGAGGUGGACGGCUACCACAUACCCAACAAAUCUCGAGUUCUUGUGAACGUGUGGGCCAUUGGGAGAGAUCCUGAUGCCUGGGAAGACCCCGAAAGAUUUGACCCGAAGAGAUUUCUGAGAAGCAACGUGGAUCUCCGAGGUCGAGAUUUUCAGCUCAUACCCUUCGGGUCGGGCAGAAGGGGGUGCCCUGGUUUGCAAAUGGGGCUAACCGUUGUUAGUUUGAUGGUGGCGCAAUUGGUACACUGCUUUGAUUGGGAGCUUACUGAUGGAACUGCGCCACAGGAUUUGGACAUGUCUAGUCAUUUUGCUCUAAUCAUGUCUAGGGCUAACCAUCUCAAGGUUAUUCCCACUUAUAAGUUGAGCAUUUGAGCAUUGGUUUCAUGGCUUUGCAUAUUAGUUAUGCGCUUAAAUAAGUACCUACUCCCUCCGUCCCAGAUAAUUUGGGACACUUUGACCCGACACGGGUUUUAAGAAAUCUAAUGGAAAGUGA